GGAACAUUACAGUGAGUUACGAUGCUGACAAAAUGAAGGUGUUGGUCCUCUGCGUGCUGGCAGCAGCCCUAGCGGCAAAUGGUGCUGGGAUAUUGUUUCCAUCGGAGAGGUCUUACAAAAUCCUCAUCCUUCACCCCUACUGGGCAAGGAGUCACAAGAACAUGAUGAUGGCAUUUGCUGAAGCUUUGGCCGACCGCGGACACAAGGUAGAGGUAUUCACGGCGCUGGCAGAUCCACCUCGCCAUCCUAACAUCACAGAAAUAAACUACAUCCUGCCGGAUAUAAACUUGGAUUACACCAGAAUGUUUGAUUACAUAAAUGAUAACACAGGUGCCUUUUCAAUGGUAAAGGAUAUAUACCCAUCCAUUGCCCGAGAGAUGUACAAAAUGCCUGUAGUCAAGAAAUUAUAUGAGAGAAGAAAGCAAUUUGAUCUAAUAAUAGUUAACCAUUUAAUGAGUGAGAUAGUGUACCCGUUCCUGCACGAAGUUACUUUCAUCACCGUUGCCACGAAUGGGAUGGACCAACGACAGAGUGCUAUCUUUGGGAAUGUCCUCAAUCCGUCCUACGCUCCUAAUGUCCUGACCACCUAUCCCUUCCCCAUGUCUUUGUGGCACCGCUUUAAGAACAUGAUAAUGCAUCUAUACCUCCCUCUCUACUGGAACUACUGGGCCGUUGUACCAAUGAUACAGAAAGAAUUGUCGGCGCACUUCCCUGAUCUUCCUCCGUUGUUGGACAUCGAAAGAAACCAGAGUCUGUCACUAAUAAACACUCACUUCAGCAUCGAUACACCGAUUCCCCUCCUUCCAUCACAAGUAGAGGUGGGAGCCAUCCACUGCCGCCCCGCCAAGCCCCUUCCACAAGACCUCGACUCGUGGAUAGAGGGAGCAGAUUCUACGAGUACAGGCGUCAUCUACUUAAGCCUGGGCUCAGUCACCCCCGGUAACAGCAUCCCAGCACAGUACCGCCAAGCUUUCCUCGAAGCAUUUCGUAGACUGCCGCAGCGAGUGCUGUGGAAGUACGAAGGAGAACUGGAAGGCGCAUCUGACAACAUCAGGAUCAGCAAAUGGCUUCCCCAGCAGGACGUCCUCGGUCACCGCAAUGUGAAAGUAUUUAUCUCCCACGGCGGGCUACUCAGCCUCCAGGAGUCCAUCUUUCACGCCACGCCUCUCCUUGUCCUUCCUAUCUUCAGUGACCAACCAAGAAACGCAAUGUUCGUAAACAAUUCUGGUGUUGGUCGUGUGUUGAUGUGGCAGGAAGUUACUGCUGACAAGAUCGUCGACGCCCUCAAUGACAUUAUCACCAAUUCUAAGUAUAAGGAGAACGUGGUCAGUAUGUCAGCGUCCUUAAAGGAUCAGCUAACGACGCCGCAAGAACGCGCCAUUUUCUGGACCGAAUAUGUGAUACGGCACAAAGGAGCACCCCAACUUAGGUGCCCGGGUGCCCAGCUCUCCUGGGUAGAGUUUCUGCUGCUGGACGUGGUGGGUUUUCUGUUGUUGUUCCUGAUGGUGGUGAUGCUUCUUCUAUACAGACUCUUGAAGCUUGUCUACGCAACAUUCAUCGGCCGCCCAUCCAAAAUCAAAAGUGCUUAGAUGCGACACACACUGACUGAAGCAGUUAGUGUUUGCUUGUUAUACAGAAAUUACUUUCAAGUUUUUUUUUCAUCAUUACUUCUUUAUUAUUAUUAUUUUUUUUUUUCCACAGGAGUCUUGCAAAACAAACGACGAUCCUCCAAUAUUAGAUUUCGUUCAGUGCUUUUCACCCAGCAUACACAUCUACAUAGUUACCACGUGACCACCACGUUGUGCCAUCGUUGUAGUAACGUUAUAUUUCUUUGUGAAUUCAACGUAGAUCUGUAAACUAGACAUAAUGCGGAAACAACAUACUAUCAGGAAAACUCUAACGUGGUAUAAAUAGUGCGCGAAAAAAGCUGAAGCAUGGCGAACUAUUUUGACAGUACAGAAGUAUUAAGCAUCAGAUAAAGAAUUUCUCUCUCUCUCUCUCUCUCUCUCUCUCUCUCUCUCUCUCUCUCUCUCUCUCUCUCUCUCUCUCUCUCUCUC